AUGGCCACGUACAAUCACUCGUAUGUGUUCCAGUUUGAACAACAAGUAAAUGGCUCUUUCUAUGAAGACUACAUGAAGCGGCAUUGGGCGGACAGCUUUAUUUAUUCUACCGUCUACGUCGUCGUCGUGUUCUGUGGGAAGAAAUGGAUGGAGAAUCGCCCUCGGUACGAUCUGAGACCCUACCUCGCCACCUGGAGUUCGAUACUGGGUAUAUUUAGUAUAUUUGGAGCAAUUAGGACUGUCCCAGAAUUGAUUUCCUCCGUAAGGGAUCAUGGAAUGGAGUAUUCGCUGUGUGUCCCGUCCCAUCUUCAGGGUGUGACCGGAUUCUGGUGUUUCUUAUUUGCACUUUCGAAAGUAUGCGAGCUAGGAGACACUGCUUUCAUCAUUCUUAGAAAGCAACAACUCAUAUUUUUACACUGGUAUCAUCAUUUUACAGUUUUACUCUAUGUUUGGUACAUGUACACGUUAGCCGCGGGAUUUGGUAGAUGGUUUUCAGGGAUGAACUACGCUGUGCAUGCCAUUAUGUACAGUUAUUAUGCAUUGCGAGCCAUGAAAUUCCGUAUACCCAGAUUUAUCAGCAUGAUGAUUACAACUCUUCAACUGAGCCAAAUGCUGGUUGGGUUUGCUAUCACAUGUUUAGCCUACGAGCUGAGUUUAAGAGGUAAACAAUGUAGCAAGUCCAAUGGGGCAAUCACAUACGGAAUGAUUAUGUAUGCUUCAUAUUUCGUUCUCUUCGCCCGUGUCUUUUAUACAAACUAUCUCGCCGAAAAACCCAGAAUGAGCUAUGUUGAUACUUUGGACCCAAAGAAAAGGAACUGA